CUUUUUUCUCCUUUGCCUUUGCUCAGCGUCCCCCCUCUCAGAGAUGGCGUGUGUCGGUGCCGCUCGGGCGGCCGGGGCCUAACGUGCACACAGAGAGGACCUUCCCCCUCCCCGACCCCCUCCCCAUCCCCCCAUCCCGCCGUAAACCCUCCCAUUUGCUGCAUAUUCCUCGGGUGUCUCCUCUGACCGCGUCCUCCGCUGCUGCCGGUUGGGAGAUCUUCCCCCACCCCACCUCCCUGUGCGGGGUGUCUGGGAGUUGGGCCCUCUGGGCUGGAGGGAGUCAACAUCGUGCUUUCGCUGGAGGAGCUGUGCGGAAUAAGCGAUGUCCUGCCCAGGCGUCCUUUGACCGGACGGAUUUUUCCACUCCUGACCGCCUGCGCAACGGAGGGGCUGCAUAGGAUGAACAGCAGCAGUCAUGAUGCAAGGACUGAAAAAACGAACCAGGAAAGCCCUCGGCUUACGCAAGAGGGACAAGGAUACAGAUGCAACGAGUUCACCUGACAAAGAAGGAGCUGCAAGCGGAAAGAAAGGAAAUAAAAAAGCCAAUGGAGCCCCGAAUGGUUUCUAUGGGGAGAUUGACUGGGACAGAUACGCCUCUCCUGACGUGGACGAGGAGGGCUUCAGCCUCCGGCCCGGGGAAGAGGGCGAUGCGGCGUCCAAGGGGAAGCAGUUUUUCUCCUCCAGCGAGUCCGAGGACGACGAGGACAGCAAGAAGAAGUUCAAGAUCAAGAUCAAGCCCCUGGCGGCGGACACCGCCAUGUGUGUCCCUCCGUCCAUGGACGAGCUGAAGGCCUCCGUGGGCGGCCUGGCGCUGUCUCCGUCUCUGAAGAGAAGUCCGAGACGCAGCCCGGGGCAGAUAAAAAGGAAUUUGUCCUGUGAGGAGAUUGCCAGACCCAGACGCUCCACCCCGACGCCGAGUCCUGCCCCUGAGGUGCCAAGUGACAGGCUGUCGCAGAACGUCCCUGCCUUUUUUGGGCUGCCGUCAGAGACCAAAUACGCCAGAUAUGACGUGGUCCCUGCUGAUGGGUGGGGAGAGUCACGACCCCGCCCGGAGUCCCCGCUGAGCAGAAGUUUCCCGACAGGAGCUCCUCCUCCGCUUCCUCCCAAGAACCUCCCAUCGAGAAGUCACUACGGCUCUUCUCCAGAUGGCGCUGCUAAUCUGCCCAACGGAAGGGCCGCCCGCAGGUCCGCCCCCAUCUACCUGAACGUGCUUUCUCCCGCCUGUUACCGGGGCUCCGGGGGCCCGGACCUGGACGACGUGUUCGGCCCCGCGGACGGCCCCCGCACCCACGAGGAAACGGCGUCUCCCAGAUGGGUGACUUUCCCCAGCGACAGACCCCCGCCGCCCGAUGAACCCGCGCCUCCUCCUCCGCCCCCGGACUCUCCCGCACCGGACACGCCCUCGUCGACCCCCUCCACCCCCUGCCUCUCCCCGGGUCCGCCGCCCAUCGAGCCCCCGCCUUCGCCUCCCCCGCUUUCGCCCGGGUCCCCUCCUCCUCCUCCUCCUCCUCCUCCUCCAGAAUCGCCCCCCUCCAUCGCGCUCGGACCUCCGCCCCCGGAUGAACCGGCGCCUCCCCUGCCUCCCGACUUCUCCCCCUGCGAUUCGCCUCCUCCGUGCUUCGACGACGACGGCACCGACGAAGAGGUGCUGCAGUUCGCGGAGUACUCCUCGGCCCCGGCCCCCACCAGCCCCGUGCCCCCUCUGCCAGCAGAGCGGAGGUCUCCUCGGCCGGGGGUCACGUCUCCUCUGGUCCUGGGGGGCUUGGGGGGGAAGAGGACUCCAGAGGGAGCGUCCCUGAGAGAUGGCAUCCAGGACUUUGUUGGUUCGCCCAGAGAGAUGACGCCGAGUUUCAGGGGCACGCCCCCCCCUCUGCCCCCCACCACGUACAGGUCCAUUAUGUCUUCCCCAGGGCCCUACUCAGGCAGCAGCCCCUCGUCCCCGGCUCGUCCCGCCAUGCCUCUGUCUCGAGGCAGUCCGGUCCCUCCUCCUCCUCCUCCCCGGCCGUCCUCGAGACCCAAGCUGCCCCCCGGCAAGCCGUUUGCAGACCCGGCUCGCGCCUUCAGUCCGCCGGUUUCCGGCAGCCCCCCGCCUUUCGCCCCGCUGGCUCGAGCGGAGAGCUCCUCCUCCAUCUCCUCCGUCACUUUGCACAGCGCGGCGUCCACUCCGACGUUGGGACGGGACCUCAACAUGUCCGCCGCAGGAUGCUCCAGAGGACCCAGUCCACUCACCAUGGGACCGCAGGACACUCUGCCAGUGGCAGCUGCCUUCACGGAAACCAUCAAUGCCUACUUCAAAGGCGCAGACCCCAGCAAAUGUGUUGUGAAGAUCUCAGGGGAGAUGGUGCUGUCCUUCCCCGCGGGCAUAACCCGGCAUUUUGCCAGCCACCCGACUCAACCCAUCCUCACCUUUUGCAUCACCAACUACAGCCGCCUGGAGCAGGUCCUCCCCAAUCCACAGCUGUUGUGCUGUGACACCGUAGCAGACGGUGUGGACACCAAGGAGUUCUGGGUGAAUAUGCCAAACUUGAUGAGCCACCUGAGGAGAGUGGCAGAACAGAAGCCUCAGGCGACAUACUACAACGUGGACAUGAUCAAGUAUCAGGUGUCCACGGAGGGGAUCCAGUCCACUCCUUUGAACCUGGCGGUGAGCUGGAGAGGCGACGCCACAAACACAGACCUUCGAAUAGACUACAAAUACAACACGGAGGCCAUGGCCGCCCCGGUGCCACUACACAACAUCCAAUUCCUGGUUCCUGUGGAUGGAGGCAUGGCCAAACUCCAGGCCAUGAUCCCCCCUGCCACCUGGAAUCCAGAGCAGCAGACGAUUCUGUGGAAAAUCCCUAGUCUCUCUCAUAGAUCGGAAAAUGGAGGAGUAGGGGCUCUUCUGGGCCGGUUCCAGAUGAAAGACGGUCACUGUAAAACCUCCCAGCUGGCGGUCCAGUUCAGCAGUGAGGGCUGCACGCUGUCAGGGUGCGACAUCCAGCUGGUUGGGACCGGCUACCGGCUUUCGCUGAUCAAGAAGAGAUUUGCUGCAGGGAAAUAUUUGGCAGAUAAUUAGUGGACCUUUUUGUGAAGGGAACCAAAAGAAGCAAUGGCUUAAAACUGUGAAGACUACGGAUCCAUCCCAUGUGUUGUGCAUUUCAAGCAUUAUCUUUAGCAAACGUUAGAAAGAAUGGUUGAGAUUUGAGGGAAUAACAGCACACACAGAUGAUAUUUGACUUCUUAACAUCAUAUUCAGUAGGCCGACUGUUGCUGAGUUUAUGCAAGUAAAUACAAAUAAAUGGUUUUGUGCACCUGUGCGACUUACGGAGUGAAGUUUAGAUAAAGCCUGUUUUUAUUUGUUUGUGUUAACUUAAUUGUGGAUUCAAACAGUGAUCCAGCCUUAUUCAUUGCAGUUCUUUUUGUCUAACUGGUCGUCAUUGCAAAUGCACUGUAACAGAUAAUGUGAAUAGAUUAUAUAAUAUGAAAACAAUCUUCCCCGAGGAGGAAAAGGCUCGAAAAUGUAAAAAAAAAGAAAAAAAAAGAAUAAAGUGUAGUUUAUUUGCAGUUGUAUUUCAGUAAGUUCUAGGUUUCAUUGUAAUAUCCGAUUUACACUGGCUCAUCAAAUCAGAUUUCCUUUUCCCCACCAUGUGAAACCGUUAUUGUUUGAUGCUUUGAAACGUCGCAGCUCUUUCUUUCAGUCUUGUGGUAAAAGGUGACCGGUCAGCUCACAAUUUAAAACGUCCCGCAGCCCUGAAACAGCAACAGGUGCUUUUUUGUAUGGAAUUAUAUCUCAAUCUGGAUAUGUUUGCAAGAAAAAUAAUUAUAUUUUGUAUAUUGUCAAAUACAGAAUUGAGCAGAUAAUUAAUUUUAUUUAUUGACCUCAACUUAUAUUUAAAACUAAAGUCUACAAUAAAUACUUAUAUACAAGCAGCAGAUAUAAUGAUCCCUUUAUGUAAAUAACAAUGCUCUUCGUAGAAAAGAAAACCAUAAUUCAGUUCAUGGUUUUGCAGACUGCAACUUAAUGGACGAUUUAGCUAAGUUUGCUCUCAUUGCAUUUUAUUUAUUUUCAGAGAAAAGGCUCAGAUUAACACACUGUCAAAGUUGGCAACUAGAUUGUAGAGCAUUUAACAAGACUUUCCAUCAGUAGUUAGUAGGUGCUAUAAAUUGGCCUAAAAGAAGACUAAAUAUAGAAAAAAACAUGAAUCCAAACUGCUGCUCAUCUUUCUGAGUGUCUGCUUGAUGUGUUAAUGUUCACCAUGUCAUCAUAAAAGAUUAAACGUCUGAGUUUUGUCCACAGCCGGUUGCCUCUUUCCACAAGUAUCUAAUAAAUCAUCCUCCAUGUGGUUAUUAGCAGAAUAGGUUUUCUUUUGCUCAGAUUAAAGUAUUUUUGUGUGAUUAAUGUGCAUGAACCCCCCCCCCCAUCUUCCUGUGAUUAUGUUUGAAGCACACAAUGCGAUAUGUUUACACACGCAGCUUUUACCACUACUUCAACGGCUUUUUGCCAUUAAUGAGUCAUGUGAGCGGGGAGUAGAAACUGCAGGUGAAUAACUUGCAGAACCUGAAGAACAAAAUCAUUACUGUACCACUAAGAGCACGUGCAAUGCUUUGAUACAUAAACUGUCCCGCAUCGAGGGAACGGACUCGAGCCGAGUCGUAUUUGUGGUGGUGUAUGAGAGGUCAAACUUGUAACAACAAGGCGAUCGUUAUAACAGAAGCUGCUACUUCCACUGGAUUCAGUUCAUUUGUUCUGUUAAUGUUGCAGAAAAUAAGUUUGAAAGGGCCUAUAAAUGCAAGACACUGAGUGCCAUAUGGUGGUGAGAACGAGCUUUAAGUUUCAGGAUGAAAUAAAGGAGGAGUCGCCUUUGAUGCUGCUUAUAAACUGGUAUUUGAUGGAGAACAUCACAGAGUAAUGAAAAGAAGUGACAGCGCUAUUUGUGUCCCUGUCUUACUUUUCUUCCUUUUCCACCAUGUUAAAUAAUACAUGUUUUAUCAUUUUCUAAUAGCAAUAUUUAAGUGUAAAAAGUGUACAUAAAAAGGUUUUGUUUCAAAUAUUUCUCUGGGCAUAUGAUGGUGUCUGUGAUUGUCUCUUGAUUUAUUGAUGUCAGCAAUCAUGACAAAUUAGGUCCUAUGUAAAAACACCAACACUCAUCAUCUACUCUUUAACAUGUGGGUUACCUGAACCAAAAAAAAAGUGUUGCUGUUGACAAAUAACUCCAAACGGUGCCGCAUGAAAUCUGCAUUCGUCCAUUCCAGUCUAUCAAUGCAAUACCAAUUUAUCCAUUUACGUAUUUUAUUGUAUACUUGUGCUAUGAGAGGAGACUUUUUGCCUUCACUUAAACCACUUUCUGUUUUGCUGUUGUUGCACCUUCAGAAACUCAUUGUCAAUAAAUUUGGCAUGUAUUCAUUGAUAUUCCCAUUCUAUGCAUCUGAUGUAGUCGGUUUACAUUCUCUUGUGUUUGACUUGCACACAAAACACACCUUAAAUUGAAUUAAUAAAAGAGUUCUGUCAUGUCACAUAUUCACAUGUUGGUAUAUUUAUUAUUGUUUGACCAUCACAUUUUGCAGAAUGUUUAAACUCGCAGUUUGGGCCUAGGUGUAAUAAUUGAUCACAAUAUGUUAGAAACAAUAUGAUAGAAAUCACAAUAUGUUUAUUUCAGUCAAUUGAGAACAUCAGUUCUCAAUGUUUAUCUUCAUGAUGUUAAUGAUUUUCUUUGCCUUAUUUUUGAGCAUUCUUGAGUCCUCCUGCAUGGGAGAAUUUCUGUGAGUUUAUUUUGCCUACAAUUUUUUCAAUGUAUUUAUUUCACUGCAUUAGACACAGAAUAUGCAAACAUGUCAUGUAAAUUUCCCAUCCAAAGAUUUUCAAAGUAAAUAUAUGUAAAAAUCAAUAUAAUGUAAUACCUGUUUUACUUGGUAAUAAAGAAAAGGAAAUACAA